AGCUAUUCUGUGUUAUUUCCAGUGUGGUAUUCUUGGUUAUUUGCGAAGAUAUUUCUCCUGCAUAGCUGUGAGCCUGUAGAAACAUGUAGUCAGGAGGAAGCGCUCCAUGUCCAGACAUAUUAAUGCAUCUAAGAUAUAAAAGAAUCUGUUACGAAAGAUAUGGUUACAAGUAUUUCAUAAUUAAUGUAGGACGAUUCUUAAAAUAGAGCCAUCUUUUCGGUUCAAAAGAUUAAGAAAAAGAACACAAAUUAAAGAAACUACCCAGCAUUCUUAUACAUAGAGAUGUCUGAUUAUACAUAUGAUUAUUUUUUAUGUUUUUUUUAGUAAUAUAGAUCAUUAGAUAAUAUAGUGUGGUUCACUGAUAAUAAUAAAUAUUCAAAAUUGUGACUAUUCGCAUUUAGGAAUGUAAAUUAGGUUAAAGAUCUUUAAGAGUUCAUGUUUAGAUGUUCAGAAGUCUGUUCAAAACAUGUUCAGUUCUUCUAUUGGGUGCUUUGUGUUUUGUUCUUUGAUUUCAGGCUCACAUCUUUAUCCACUAUCUGCUAGAGUGAGAACAAAUACAUUUAAAGAAUUCAAGUCUGUCAGUGUCAAAGUUCAACUUUCAGAUGUCGGCGCUGAGGCCGGGGCCUCAACAGCUUCAUCCGUCGUCUCCUGUGCUAUUGAGUGUAUCAGCCGUGAGUCUACGUGUUACAGCUUCUUGUAUGACUCAACAACAAAAACCUGCACUCUAGGAUCGUUCCUCGUUCUCUCCGAGAAUCUAGGCGACUCAAUGAGAGGGACAUUCUACUACGUUCCUGGAACUUUUUGUGACAACACUCAAGUCAACUUUACAGUCAGGUCCAGUGUCACUUUCAGUUCAUGCUUGUGGAUAUCUAACGAUUCACUCAGCUACCAAAAUGCUACAGAAAAAUGCAGAGCACUUGGUGCCUCAAUGUACACGAUAAGAGUCAAAGAAAAACUUGACAUAUUGACCGACGCUGCACAGGAGUACCCGGCAGGUCUAUACCCUUGGAUCGGGCUAGAUGAUAUUCAACAAGAAAAUGUCUUCAGAUGGUCGGACGACAAUUCUAUUUUAAACGUCAGUUGGACUAUUUGGCAACAAGACCAACCAAACAAUGAUGGCAACCAGGACUGUGUCUACUAUUCUUCAUCUCAUCAAUUAAUCAACGAUUGGGAUUGUAACGACAGUUUCAACUAUGUGUGUGAAAUGAUUCCAUCUUUCACUUAAAUGGAAUCUCCGAUUGAAAUGAACCCGCGUAUGCUAUUGUGUACGCGAGACCUCAAAUUGUACUAACCAAUUGUAACUAUGUAAAGAAAAACAUUUACAAAAAUAAA